UAGAUCUGUUGACAUUGUCAAGAUGUUCGACAGCACCAACCUGUUUGUGUACCAAUUAUAGCUCAAGAAUGCCGCGGGGAGGUGGAAGCAGAAGCGGGGGUGGAAGGAGUUAUGUGGACAAUGCUAUGAACCGAAGCCUUGGGCGAGUAGGAAUGCCCGUAGGAUCAAUGGUAGUAUCCAGAGGAAGCAGCGCAUCCUCUUCCGGCGCAGGCUUUUUUGGCUCCAGCUCAUCAGAUAGCGGAAGGACAUACGUGGACAACUCUAUGAACCGGAACCUUGGAAGAGUUGGAAUGCCUGUUGGAUCCAUGCCCGUUUCCAAAUCCAGUAGCGGGUCAUCAUCUUCAUCCAAAACAUAUGUGGAUAACGAGUACAAUCGAAGACUGGGGAGGGUGGGAAUGGAACAUGGGUCUAUGGUUGUCUCGAGGGACUCGGGGGGCGGAAGUUCCAGCGGAACAAAGCAUUAUGUGGACAACUCCGCCAACAGAAGUCUUGGGCGGGUCGGUCUUCCAUACGGAGCGUGUGGGGAAGAAGUUCGUGUUUACAAAGAUAACCCCUUCAAUCGAAAGUUAGGGCGUGUUGGCCUACCUAUCGGAGCUGCAGUUAAAUCCAAAUCUGGAUCCCUGGAACUGAAGUUGUACGCAGAUAAUCCAGAAAAUCGUCGCCUGGGAAGAGUAGGGUUUCCAUUGGGGUCUAGACCCAAAGGUUCUUUCUCGGGAUCGAAACGGACCUACUGCGACAACUAUUUGAAUAGACAGCUUGGAAGAGUUGGAAAGGAACUUGGAACCGAGCCCGUGACUUGUAGUAAAGAGACAGAGUGGCUUCACAAGGCAUACAUAAGAUACAGGGAAAACCCGGAUGAAGACAUUGACUACCGGAAUCUGCCCGCUCUGCCAGAGGAAGUUGAGGAGGAUGCAAUAGAAAAACUAAUGCAUCUGAUAAACAGACUACAGAUUGAGAGAGAAUGGCGAGAAACGGAGAAACAGACCAAACCAGUUCCUAAAACAUCAGAUGAUCUGCUGAGCUACUCGGGACCAAUCCUAGAAUUUUCAGAUAUUAAGCUUGGUAAGAUCAUUGGAAGAGGGGGUUUCGGCGUAGUACAUUAUGGGAAGUACAAAGAUUCGGUGGUUGCUGUAAAAAAGCUGCAUGUGAUGCGGGUCUCUAAGCGUCGCCAGAAAGAAUUCAUCGACGAGGUGAAUAUCUUGAGUAAAUUAGAUAACCCAUUCAUCGUAAAAUUCAUCGGCGCUUGUACCACCACCCCGGAUCUCUGCAUCGUUUUGGAGUACAUGCAGAUGAGUUUGCACGAGGCAUUGCACGUGGACUGUGCAGAUCUGGCCGAUUUUACAGACGGCGAUCGUCUGAUGAUGAUCACACAGACACUGACAGGCCUGGAGUAUUUGCACGAGAAAAAAGUCGCCCACUGCGACAUCAAGUCAAGAAACGUUCUGAUUGAUCACGACGGGGAGAAAUUUACAGUUGCCAAGCUGACAGACUUUGGGCUGAGUAUGAUGAAGAACGAAACCGAAACUUCACUAUCGUCCAACAGCGAACUUGUUCGUCACAUCGGAACACCUCGCUAUUCCUCCCCAGAAGUCCUUCGCGGGGAACUGAUGAAUUUGGAUCAGAUGAAGAUGAGCGACAUGUACUCCUAUGGGUUGGUUGUGUUCGAAAUAGUGUGCGAGGAAGAGCCCUUUCCCAAUUUAAGCACCGCACAACUGCGCACCCAGGUAGGAGAGAAAAACAUGUACCCCAUAUUUCCUGACGACAUUCAUCCAAACGUUCAUCUGGCAGCCAAGCUUCUCGGCUGCUGGGAUCGUAAGCCGGAGAAACGACCAACGGCAACCGACUUCCUGAAAGUAAUGAACAGAAUUUCUUGUGUCUACGAGAAAUUGGACUAGACAGAAUUUCAAAGUUACACUGAAAUAUGCUAUAUGUUCAUUGCAGUACCUUCAAACCGAAAGAAUAUCCCCUUAAAAUCGAUUUUUAGAAUACCCUUAACUACAAACUUAUCUUGGCCUGGUACUCGCCGCCAUUUUAUUCCUCGGAUCUGUUUGCAAUGUUAGAUAAUCAGUUAUUGUGUUUAGAAAUAUGUUUAGUGUGCCUUGAUCAAAUUAUUAUGACAACAUACUGCCGAGAAAUUGAAUGGCAUCAAUUGCAAGGUGGCAGUUGUAUGCCUCGUAUAUAUAUAAUAACACCGUCGGAAACACGGUUGAUUAUGCAUUUUUACUCUCCGUGAUGAAGAGAAUUAAUCGAGUUUCUGACGAUGGCUUCGUAUUGAUUUUAUGACAUACAUGUGUAAAAAUGAAACGUUUGUUGUUUUAAAUGUGGAGCGCCUUUGCUCGAAACCCAAGUUUAUACACACGGUUGCUGUUAACCAUAACGUGUUCGAUUAUUUUAUAGUUGUGUGAACUUUAUCAUAUUUACAACAAAGUGUUCUUGUUUUGUUUACACAAUGCUAUUCUUCCCUAAAAAGAUAGAUAAGUUAAUUUGUUAACUGAUAUUUUAGUUUUAAUUAUUUAGGCAAUGAUUAGUAUAUGUUUAUUAUCAUUUUAUUAUUAUAUAGAAGAUUUGUAUGUUUAAUUCAUAGCAUAGAGUAUAGGCAAAUAUGAUGUUCCUGAUAUAUAGGGAUAUAAAAGUAGUUCCGCAUGGCUUAGAGGUAUAUUAAUUUGUGCUUUACUUAGCAUGUAACAAUUUUUCAUUAAUAAUGUAUUUUCGCGCUAAAUGUUUGUAUGAAUUCGGUAUAUACUGAUAAUUUGUUGUUUGUCUAUCUGUCUUUAUUCAUACUUUAUAGUAAUCAACAAACGUACCGGUAUAUGUAGCUUAUAUGCAUUACUGAUUUUGUAUAUUAGUAACCAUAAGGAACAUAUUUUACAAGUAUUUUUUUUAUCUAAGAAGUAAUCAAAAUAAAUUUGAUACACUUAGAUAAAUGGCUUAUUAUUUUCUUCAUGUGUAUCAUCGUCAGAAUACCGUUUAGUCCUAUCGUAUCGAUUUAGAUGUAUAAAAUAUAAAUAUUAUAAAUAUACGCUCAUGAACAACACGUUUGGUAAUCGGCAAAACAUAUACCUGUACAUUUUUCCCCAUGCGUUUCAGCAACUGGUGAUGCUGUAUUUCAGUGACUUGCUACCAGCAUUACGGUCUUAAUGUUAAAAAACACCCAUUUUACUCGGUAUAAUAGAAAAUAGAUUCCUUGGAUCGGCUCACG